AGGCUUGCUUCCACCGGAAGUUCAAGAUAUUAUAAAUAUAGAAUCUUCAAAAUCCUUGUAACGAGGCGACGCAGCUUCUUGUCUUCCAGGAUUAGCAGUGGUGUUGUCAGAAGAAGGCGCUUUCAAGAGGCAGCAAGGCUCACCUGCAAUGAAAUCGCAAUAAGAAAUUAAGGAAUUUGGAUGGAUGGUCUAUAUUGUUUGAGAAAUUGCAUUUGAUAGGCACACAUAUUCGACGAUAUGAAUCCUAGGUCAUUGCAAACGUUGGUUAUGGGAACUGGAGUCAUCUUGGGUGGGAUUCUUACUCUCAACCUGGCUUCUACUGUUACUCUCAAGACCCUUCAUCUUGUAUCUGAGAAAAAACGGAAAAAGGUUGCUUUGCCUUGCAUGGCUUGUAGAGGGAAGGGGUUUUAUAUAUGCAAGCUGUGCAAAGGAAAUUCCACCAUUGAAUGGUCCCCUUUGUAUGACCCUAUUGCCAUUAAUCCUUGCCUUUGUCCUACUUGCGAGGGAAAUAGGGUGCAACGCUGUCUAAACUGUCUAGGAAAGGGCUACGAUUGAUCCGUUUAGACAUGCUGCAUUGUUUUAUGUUCCAGUGGACGGUGAUUUUCUAAGUGAGUGACUUGCCUUUAACUUGAAAGUUUAUCCCUACUCAGUUACCUGUUGCCUAUUCCUAUGCCAUGAAGACUCUAUUUUGAUAUUUUCACUGUUUCUGUUUAAGGAUUAAGGAAGCACCAAGCUCCGAUGUUGGACAAACCUUCAUUAUGCACCAAAUUCUUUACGUUAGAUUAGUUUACCGAGGAAGAUGUUCACACUAUUGUCUGCAGUAUCGUACUGUCAUGAUUGAACAUAUUUCUGUUUAUGUAUUGAUUUCCUCAAGGUAUGGCUUAUUAACACGAUCUCAAUCUCCAUCUCUCCUACUCUAAUUUAACUUCCUCAAUGAGGACCCGUUGUAAUU